AUGGCUCUGGGCCUCCGCCGCUUCGCCGCAGCGGCGCGGCGUAGUCCUGGGCUCCUGGAGCUGCGCGAGCUCGAAGCACGCCCGGAGAAGCUGCUGGCCCUCUUGCCGGCCCUCCAGGCCUCCGCGCGAUACGCAGACCUGGUGGGGCAGCAGGUGUUGGGUGCUUGGACCACAGAUAUCGGGGCGUCCUGUGGGCGCGUCUACUUGCUUCAACGAUGGGCGGACUACGACUCUCGAGACGAAGGUUUAGUCGCCCUCGCCUCGGACCCACUUGCAGCCGCCGCGGCAGUGAAGGUCCAGGAGCUGUGCGAGGCCCAGCGCUCCAAUCGUGCGAGAGAAGAUAUGGCACGCCGUCGGAAAAUGUGCAUCUUCGCUGAGGCAACUGCUGCGCUGGAGCAAGCCGGGCUCAGCGAAAGCCUUCUCGACGCUUCCGCGCCGGUGGCAGGAGGUGACCGGCCUGCCUACGAGCUGCGGACGUACCAGCUAAAACUGGGCUACACCACAGUCCCUGACUUCGUGGCUCUUUACACGAAGGGCCUCAAGGAGAAGCUGGCGGCUGAUACGACUGGCCAAUCCAGACUCGUGAGCCUGAUGUACUGCGAAGCCGGGGCAGCACAGCUCAAUACCGUGCAUGAGCUUUGGCGUCACAACUCCAUGCAGGGCAGCCUGGCCUCGCGCGAAGCCUCUCGGGGAGCUCCUGGCUGGCGUCAGGCCAUCGGGAGUAUCGCUGAGAUGGCUCUCACCUUUCACUCCCAGAUUUUGCGGCCUGUCCAGGGCAUCGGACAGCUGCAAUGA